AUGAGUGGCAGAAAUGGUGUCAAUACGCAAUUGUUUGCCAUCCCUUCCACUAUUCGAAACCCUUCUUCUCUGUUGCGCCCUCAACCACCUUCUCCUCCCUCCAAACCAUUCCCUCCCACCAAGAAAAAAUCCCCAAAACCCAUCCCACAACAACCAAACCCUCUCUUCAAAUCUCCAAAUCUCGAAGAUGCCAAGAAAAUCUUCGACUCCAUCGCCAAUUCCUCCAAAGACCCUCGCUUUCCCAAUUCCCUCCUCCACUCCUACGCCAAAAUCGCCACCUCCACCUCCGACUCCGUCAAAUUCCUCCACCACAUCACCAAAACCCUCCCUUCCUUCUCCCCCGAUCAUUCCACCUUCCACAUUCUCCUUUCCCACUCCUGCACCAACCCCGAUUCCAAUUCCAAUCCCAAUUCCAAUUCCGCUCUCUCCGCAAUCCACCAAACUCUAAAUUCAAUGCGCGCCGCCGGCGUCACUCCGGAUGCCGCCACAACUGAUGUUUCGGUUCGCGCCUUGUGCUCCGCCGGCCACCUUGACCAUGCCGUUGACUUGAUCAAAGAAUUCGCCUCCAAGCACUGCCCUCCGGACACCUACACCUUCAAUUUCCUAGUCAAGCACCUCUGCAAAGCUCGCGCCUUGUCCACUGUUUACGCCUUCAUCGACGAAAUGCGCGAAAAAUUCGGUGUGAAGCCUGAUCUUGUUUCCUACACUAUCCUGAUUGACAAUGUGUGUAAUGGUAAGAACUUGAGAGAGGCAAUGAGGCUAGUGAGUGUGCUUCAUGAGGAAGGGUUUAAGCCUGAUUGCUUUGUGUAUAACACCAUUAUGAAAGGGUAUUGUGUGUUGAGCAGAGGGAGUGAGGCGAUUGAGGUUUAUAACAAGAUGAAGGAGGAAGGGGUGGAGCCUGAUCUUGUUACUUACAACACUUUGAUUUUUGGGUUGUCCAAGUCGGGGAGGGUGGUGGAGGCGAAGAAGCUGCUGCGUGUGAUGACGGAGAAGGGUUAUCUUCCUGAUGAGGUGACUUAUACUACAUUGAUGAAUGGGAUGUGUAGGAAGGGGGAGGCUCUGGCAGCGCUGGCAUUGCUUGGGGAGAUGGAGGGGAAGGGGUGCAGCCCCAAUGAAUGCACAUAUAACACACUGCUGCACGGGUUGUGCAAGGAAGGUGGUUUGAAGCUUGAUACUGCUUCCUAUGGGACAUUUGUGAGGGCACUAUAUUCUUAA